GCAACGACUUCGGAAUUACUUAUUAUUCAUAUAACUAGUUAUUUGUUUUCAGACUCACAUGAAUUUUCCCUCUCGGAGUACUACUGGCAAAACUAAUGAGCCAAACCAGCGCUUCAAAAGUCGGCUAACGUUUGAUGACAAAUUAUACAAAUCGGCGUCUGAGGCUCUAGAAGCUUACAUCACUCAAUUUGAAGGUGGCCGAAGCUAUACGACUUAUCGACGGCGUCCUUCCGACCUGCUUUCUCCGACGCCGAAAUUUUACUUUAUGGAUGCACAGGAAAGGUACUUAAGAAGUCCUCCAGGUAAAUCGCCGGCGAAAAAAGUAGAUGAACUCUUGGCGUGGGUGAACAAUGCUUAUGCAAAAGACUUAUCAAGUAAAGUAACACCAUUCGGAUACAGAACUACUACAGGACGGCCUCGAUCUUCAGACGAAGAAACUAUGAACUCUCAGCCUGGACAUGGUCACCGUUCCUACUUUGGCAAUGACGAUGAGAUUUCUAGUCUUCCCUCACCCAGUUCAUCUCUAGUUGACCUAGAUAGUAAUGCUGGGACUGUAGAAACAGAAGUUCUGUUGAGCAGUUAUAAAGGAAAUCAAAAUGCAGCUCCAGGAUUGUAUUCCAGCAAGGUAUUUCUAACCAGAUCUCCAAUCACUGCCUCGUGGAAAACCCAUUCUCGAUGUGGUAGAACAGAAUAUCCCAGUUGGGUUUCUGGACUUGGGAAGGAAUACCCCAGCUGGGUAGAGGACCUGGACACCACUACAAGAGAGAGCAAAGUGAAGUACAGCCCUGAUGAGAAAUACUCCUCCAGCACCUCCUCUCCAUCAGAAACAAAACCGUUUACUCGUUCAUCACGGUCCAAAUCAGCUCUUAAAUUAUCAGAUCUGCAGUCUGGCAGAUCAAAAGACCCAUCUAGAGUAGGAGUGAGUAAGGUCAACGGAACUGAUUGGAACGAUGGGGCAAGUACUGAUACAGACAUGCUGCUUUCUCAGUCAGUGUAUGGACCGAACCCGGUUAAUAUGGGCGGAAAUUUCCACAGCUCAUUAUACCAAGACAAAAAGGUCGCACGACUGAAAAAGGAAUCCACCAAAAAGCUCAGAAAAAGCACAGGGAAGAUCAAAUCCAGAGAACACUCAACAGUAUCUCCAAAGAGGUCGAAAAGUCUGACUCUUACACCUACAAAGUCUCUCCGCUUUUCUACCGGCAAUGGAUAUUCAGAAGGUAAGGAAGAUACUCCUCUUAGAACGGCUGGCCUGAGGGAUUCCUCACCAGGCAGGAGCCCCUUCACUACUCUGCCGUCAAGAUACAGCAUACCUCCACAGAAUGAGAGAUAUACAGGCUCUUCUGCAGAGGCUGCACUUCGUAGCGUCUCGCCAAAAAUGACGCGGAUGUACAUAUCGCCGCCCGUUGUGACACGGUAUUCAAAUCUACCCGUCAAAAAAGAGGAAGUGACGUCACCACUAACUGUAAGAAGAGAACCAUCUACCAGCCCCAACUCUGCUAAAUCUCCAUCACGUGUAAGAAUCCCACUCGAGACAGACUUUUCACCUAGAAAUGAGGAAAGCGAUGUAGAAUCUGAGGACACAGACAGGGAAAUGCGCAAAUCACCAACAGGAAUUAAAAUGGAAAAGAUGUACAGAGAUCCUAAUACUAUGUAUCCUUGGAAAACAAUGAUUCAGAGUUCUCAAUCUCGAGACGUUGCCGCCGCAAAGUUUCCGGGUCCAAAGCCACAAUAUUAUUCUACUCCCAAAAUCUCAACAAGCAGGGAUCCACAAAAGCCAUUUAGCUCUUCACUCAAGCAUCCAUAUUCGAGCAGAACUUCAAAUGGUGGCCUUCGUGGCGACCAAAGAGUGGUGUUUUCUGAGCGCAGUAGCCAGCCGUAUGGAAGAGAAGCUAGAGCACAACAGGAGCACAAAUCACCUAUCAAACCUGUUUUUGCUGGUUCAAGUUACCGGUCCAGAGAUGAGAAGCUCGCUAAGUCUGCUCCAGAUGCAAGAUACCGCAAGCCGCCAAUUCCUGCCAGAAGUACUGGAGGGAAUUCGAGUCAUCGACGAAGUAAAACGGUUCCAGAUUUAAGACGGGUUGCCAUGAGGUCAGCUUCAAGGCCAAAAAAUUCACGCCGCAGUCUUGAUGAUGACGUUGUCAGUGUAAAUACCGCAGACACUGAAAGGCUCAUCACCCACCCACCUAUGCCUCUGUUUGAUGUUAGUCCUUCAUUGACUACUGUCUCAGAUAGUGAUACAUUAGUCGAGUCCGAAACAGAGACGGACACACACAUGGGUGUGAUCGAGAGGAGUCAAAUGAGCCCACCCCAUGUUGCUGAUGCGUCUGACAAGUUUUCUCCUACAAGUGUGUUUGCUUCGACAAAUCCUCAUGCUGCAGUAAGAGAAGAACUUCCUCAAAGAUUUCACCUAUGGAAGCUAGAUGAAGACACCAAAGCUCCAGACAGCUUCAUAACAAGGCGCUUUACAAAUCCGAAAUCUGGAAUAAUUUCUUCGUUUCUUGACGACUGUUUGAGCGUUGAUAGCGAAGACAAAACAAUGAAGGAACCGAGUGUUACUUCUACUGGUGGUGGUGGUGCUAUGAGACUCAGUGGAAAGGAAGCUGCCCCAGGCCCAGUGGAAGCCUUAAAACAGAUGCUCUUUACCAUGCAGGACAUGGCGCAUCACGAAACACUCGAUAGCGAAGAUCCAAGCUGCUAUAAGGGCUCUUCCAGUAUGGAUUUCAAGUCCAAAGUUAUCAGAGAUUCUCUAUCAUCAGAGGACCAAAGUGAAAGAGAUGCUGACAUAAUGCGCGGGGAGAUAUCUUUACAAAGGGCCUACCGUCAUCUGGAACGACUCAAGAGGCUUGUGGGAAAGGAAGACGAUCGUUCGUCAGUUAGCUCUGCUAAUUAGAUUGGACGCAUCUUGGAACUGCAAUACAUUCAUGGAAGAUCAUUCAACAUAUUAGACAUGUCCAAUCAUCAUUAUCUGUUCUCGUUUUGACAUUGGUAAAACAAUUCAUUAUAACUGCCAUAUUAACUACCAUGUUGUCGAGCUUUGUUGACAGUCACUUUGUUCUGAAAGAAUCGGAUGAGCUUGCGGAUUGUGUUGAAGUAUUGAUAGCUUGAUUUUUAAAAAACGAUCAGUGAAAAUAUCAUACCUUUUAUUGCAAAAACACUUCAUCGGUUUACCCUUUGUUAACGUUUUUAACUACAAAACUUGUUUUGAACGCAUGCGAGCCAGCUUGAACUAAACUGAAUCCAAUUUACAGACCAAAAUGUCAUUAGUAACAUAAGAACGUGGAAUUUUAUCAUCAAUUGAAAAGUUAAAGCUAAAUCUAAGCAUGCGCAUAGGUCAUAUUUCGAAAAAUAAUGGGUCUUUUUUCACGCCACUAGUUGUUGCGGAAGGUGAAGAGUGACAAACAAAACAGAUGAAAAGAUAAUGUACGAUCGAUGAUUAAAAUGUGGAAAUCCUGAAAAAGGCAAAGUUUUGUCCUGUUAGUUUUCAAAACUUCAGAUAAAUGUGCAAUUAAUGUGUUUCGGGUAAUGUUGAGAAGUUUAGCUGAACCCAGCGGACUCUUUGAUUUGACAAGCCCGCGUAACUAACUCUACCGCUCGGGUUCUCUUCUUCAAAUCUGAAAUCUGAAAUUGUCACACGGAUAUUUUAGACCUGACUGACUUUAUCAUCUACACGAUUUGCUGACAUCUCUUUAUUAAGCUUCUGGAACUUGGAACAGAGUUUGCCAACACAACGCCAAAAUCAACAUGAACAUAUGAAACGAUAUUUUGAUUUAAAAAAAAAGUGAUUUUGAUGAAAUAUUUUUCAUAGCCUUAAUAGAAGUUAUAGGGUUUAAUAUAUUUAGGGAUAUUUAUAUACAUUAACAAAUACUUAUUGCAAAUUGAUUAUUCGGUGAAUUAAUAUAAUUGUUUCAAAACAAUGAAGACUGAUGUCGUUUGGUAAUGUCCCAUAACUUCUCAGUAGAAACCUUUUAACCUUCAAAUGAACAUUACACUUUGGUGUCGAGCUAGUGAGGAAUGGUGUUAGUCUUUGUUACAUUUCCUACGUAAACGAGGGUGGCGAGUGUUACACUCAUUAAUUCAUCGCUCCUCACGCUUACUUUCUUUCUGAGCGUAAGGUCAGAAAUGUGACAAACUUUGACUCACCCCUACUCGCAGUCGCACUGCCCCUUUUUUAAAGCUUUUUAAGCAAACCGACUUGGCAUAGUUACGUUCACUUUUUGACCGAAAAUGAGGCUUUGAACUUUUAGCAUCAACUCUCAAAAUUCUAAUCGGACACCUUAUAAUGGUCUUACAACGAAUUAUAGUGACCAGCUAUGCUCUAUACGACCAGCCCAUGUCAGAGAGUCCAUUAACACGGUUAAAAAACCAUAAUUUAGAUCUUUAAAGUACAAGAACAGAUUCUUAACUGGAUAGUCUUCCUCUCCCACUUUAUGUUUCCACUUUAAGGACACACUACGCAUACCUUUUUAUAUGGAGCUUGAUAAAGAAAUAAAUUUUCUUCUCGUCUACAAUGAUAACCUCGCCAUGUUUUCUUGUUAUUAAUUG